CUUCUCCCCUCCAACAAAAACAAAUCGCCGGAAAAUUCCCAGCUGCCUCCCCCAAAUCCAUUCCUUUCCUUAUACCGCCGCCGCGGGCCGAGCUACUCCUCCCCACGUCGUCUUCUUUCCCGCUCCCUCCUCCCCAUUCGCCUCUUCUCCCCUCCUCGCCCCACCCCGACCAGGCCGCCGAGUGAUUGCGCAGUCGUGCUGCUAGGAGGAGCAUUUUUGGAUUCUGCGACUCCCCGGCCGGCCAUUCGAGGGGCCGCCGCCGCAGAUGUCGCUCUUCCGGCGGCUGUUCAACUGGCGGAUGCCGUCCGGCCUCGUCGAGAUCUCCGGCAACAUUUUGGUAUUUGACCACUGCUUCUCCACGGAUUUGUUUGAAGAAGACGAGCUGAAACCAUACAUCGGAGGCAUCUUGAAACAGCUACUUGCCCGCUACUCCAUCGAUUCUUUUAUGGUAUUCAACUUCGAGGGAAGCAAGAAGAACAACCAAACUGCCCGGAUUUUCUCAGGCUAUGAUAUGAGUGCGAUGGGAUACCCACGUAACUAUGAAGGGUGCCCUUUGCUCACAUUGGAGAUGAUUCACCAUUUUCUUAGGUCUAGUGAAAGCUGGCUUUCGUUAAGCAAGGAUAACUUCCUGCUUAUACAUUCAGAACACGGGGGGUGGCCGGUCCUUGCUUUUGCAUUGGCAGCCCUACUGGUUUACCUUCGAAGAUGCGGAGAUGAGAGGAAGGCGAUAGAGACGGUCCACAAACAUGCACCACCUGAGGUGGUUGAGCUCUACUCACCACUGGACCCAGCACCUUCUCAGUUGAGAUACUUGAAGUAUGUGUCAAGAAGGCACAUAUCACCAGAACUGUGGCCUCCUGCUGACAGGAUGCUGAAUUUGAAUUGUGUAAUCAUCAGGAAGGUACCAAAUUUUGAUGGUCAAGGGGGAUGUAGGCCAAUAUUUCGAAUUUAUGGCCCAGAUCCCUUGGUGCUUACUGACAGUAGGGCCAAAGUUCUCUUUUCAACUCCGAAGACAAGUGAUUUCGUCCAUCUUUACACGCAGGAAGACAAUGAGAUAAUCAAGGUUAAUGUUAGAUGUCCUGUCCGAGGAGACAUUGUCAUGGAGUGCAUUACCGUUGACGAGGACUUUAACCAUGAAGUGAUGGUAUUCAGAGUUAUGUUUAACACAGCUUUUAUUGAAGACAACCUUUUGUUACUUGAUAGGGACCAGAUUGACAUUCUAUGGGACACUCAACACCGGUUUCCUGUAGACUUCAGAGUUGAGGUUAUAUUUUCGGAGAUAGACACCACCACUCCGGUUCAUACUUCUGAGUCGUUGAGCGACCAGAAAGAAAGCUUUUCUAAUCUUGAUGCUGAAUUCAGUCAUGUGGAUUUGUCAAGCAAAAGCAAUCACACCACAGAAGGUGCAUCAGAUCAUAAGGGAUUAAACAAUGUGCAUGAUGGCUUUGAUGUGAUAUCUCUCCAGGAAACACAAAACAGCAAUACCACAACUGAACAGGGCAUUCUAGAUAGCAAAUCUGUCCAGUUUUUUCAGAUAGAACCAGUAAAUGUCCAUUCUUCUGCACCAAAGUUUGACAACGGCAAAGUUGCUGUUGCUGAUACAUUAUCUUUGCCAGAAGCUGAACCCUUUGGCCCAUACUCUCAAGAACUUGAACUCUCUGAGCAUGAAUCUGCACCUUCUUCUGCACCGAAGUUUGAUGGCGACAAAGAUGCGGUCGCUGACACACUAUCCUUGCCAGAAGCUGAAUCCAAUGGCACAAGCUCUCAAGAACGCGAACUAUUCGAGGAUGCAUCUGCACUUUCUUCUGCACCGAAGUUUGAUGGAGACAGAAAUGCUGUUGCUGAUAUAUUAUCCUUGCCUGAAGCUGAAUCCAACGGCACAAGCUCUCAAGACCGUGAACACUUUGAGGAUGGACCUGCAAUGGAGAAACUAGAAGGGGAUACCAUCAAGACCACACCAAAUUACGAUAUUCCUUCGGUAGACCCCUCAGGUUCAGAAGCUGGCGCAGCCACGGCUGAAUGGUCUGACACCAACACAGAUACAUUCCUGUCAGGUACCCCGUCAAGCAGCGCUCCAUCUAGCCCACCAAGGUUCGACGAAGAUACCAUGGACAGCUGAAACGGCUGAGGCCCAACUGCAAACAGAACUGCAAAUAUAGUUGAGAUCGUGAUCUCAUUCUACUGUAAAUGGGGGCAACACUGGUCCAUGGAUCUGCCCUAAAUGUAGUUACAUAUAUACACUUCCACGGUAUGGUGGGAAAAUUGCUGUUCGUCCAUACAAAAUGCAUUGUACAGUUGAUGUUGGUAAACAUGCGAGAAAUUUUCCGCUUGUCUCCAGUUCUGGAGGCAUAUGGUAUCUAGACAAUGGCCGGGGGUGAGCUUGCUGCGCUGACCGUUCUCCUUUA